UUAAAGCCUCGCAAGUGUUUUUUUGGAUUUUUUAAAUGUCAGCCAUGUCAGCAAUUGUCAGCUGCGCCGGUGGCAGGUUUUGGAACUACAUAUGUUUUUUUUUUUCGACGCUGCCAUUUUCGUUUUGUGGCACGGCUAGGCGGCGGUUUUAGCGUAAAAAAUUGUUGAAAUAGCUGGCAUUUAUAUAAAAAGUGUUAAGAUCAUUGUGUUUUGUGUUUGUUUGGCGUUGGAUACUUGGAGCGCGAGAGACUUUUGCGCAAAUUGCGCCAAGUAAUUAUUGACUUCCUCGAGUGUGAAGGGUAUGGUAGUCCGGUAGUUCCGCCGCAGCCAUGCCGCUGCCGAAGCGAUGCGUGGAGCCGGUCCACGUGUCGCGCGGCACCGUGCCGGAGCGGCUCGCCGUGCCGUCCGAGCUGGAGGCAGUCACCAACGGCACACUGGCAAAUACUGUGAGACAACUGUCGUCACUAUCGAAGCAUGCGGAGGACAUGUUCGGCGAGCUGACAAGAGAGGCGAGCAACCUCGCGGAGCGCACCAACGUGCUGCAGGCGCGGAUAGACAGGCUCGCCAUCAAGGUCACCCAGCUCGACUCUGGGGUUGAGGAAGUGUCCCUCCAAGACAUUCAAAUGCGCAAGGCCUUCCGCUCCUCGCGGACAUUCCAGCAGCAACUGUUCAGCCGCAACUCGAUGCCGACCGCCAUGUUGGCGACGUACGCGCGCUGCGACCGCCCGCCGCCGCUCGAGCGGCUCAACGAGUUCAGGGACGACGGGAGAGACGCGAGGAAGUUCUACACGGACCCGGAUUACUUCUUCGAACUGUGGAGAAGGGAAAUGCUGCAGGAUACAGAGCGCAUUCAGCACGAUCGCGGGAAGAAGGUGCGGCAGCCCCGCAGCGGCGGCGGCGCGGACGGGCGCGGCGCGCGGCGCGUGAGGCCGCCACACUCCACACGAGAAAGACAAAAGGCGGCAGCGGUGACACGCGGCGAGCACAUCAUGGCGCCGGCGCAGCUGCGGCACUACAACAUCGAGCCGCAGCCGCCGCCGCUGCAGACGCAGCAGUCCAUCCGGCAAGAAUCCGUCUAUGCUACGAGUGUAACGGACGGCGGUUACCGAGUAGGCAUGAACCGCCCGCCUUCGUCUCAGGCGGCGCGACCCAACUCCAUCGAGAUCGAGAACCAUCAGAACCGACAGCCGAGGCUCACAGGAAACGGACACGUGAUGGUGGAUGAGAGCCCUUACGGGUCGGUGGAGCCCAUCUACGGCGGCAGCGGCGCCGGCACGCCGCGCCGCCCGCGGCCGUCCGUGCCGCCGCCCGCGCCGCCCGCCGACACGCCCAACAACCACACGCCGACCAGAUCGACGUUGCCCCCGCCCCCGCCGCCGCCGGAGGGCACGGCGUCGCCGCCCAUGAUGAACGGCGCGUCGCCGCCGCACCGCACCGCGCUCGACGCGCACCUCGACCACAUGCACGCCGUCAUCGGCAUGAUGUCGUCGGAGGAGGUGGGCGCGCUGGCGCCGGCGCCGCUGCCGCCGGCGCCGCCGCUGCCGCCGUCGCCGCCUUGCGCGACGGCGGCGGAGGCGCGGCCGCGGCCGCCGUCGCCGAGCGCGCUGCUGCGCCAGGCCUCCGCGCUCAAGCCGCCGCGCCAGCCCGCCGAGCCCAAGGAGGACCCGCGCUCCGACCUGCUCAAGGCCAUCCGGGACGGCAUCAAGCUGCGCAAGGUGGACAAGCGCGGCGACGAGACGGCGGGCCGCUACGACACGCUGCGCGGGGCGCCCGCCUUCCUCGACGUGGCCUCCAUACUCGCGCGCCGCGUCGCCGUCGAGCUCAGCGACACCAGCUCCGGCGCAGACUCCGACUCCGACGACUCCGACCAGUGGACCACCGAGUCUCGCGCGUGACCCCGGGCUUCGCCACGCCGCGAGCCGCGCCUGCACCGGCCCCUCGACCCGUGCCCCGCCCCGGCGAAGCCCGAACACAAGCUGCCCGCACCCGCACCCGCAUCCGCACCCGCA